UGCAGAGAACCCCUGCAGAGAAUCCUGAGACAGCACAGGAUCUCCCACAGCCUCUGCCCACGGGUGCCAUGAAGCUCUCUGCAGCUGCCCUCGCUGUCCUUCUUGCCACUGCCGCCUUCUGCGCUCCUUCAUCUGCCUCCCCAUAUGCCUCGGACACCACACCUUGCUGCUUUGCCUACAUCUCUCGCCCACUGCCCCGUGCCCACCUCCAGGAGUAUUUCUACACCAGCAGCAAGUGCUCCAUCCCAGCAGUCGUCUUCAUUACCCGAAAAAAACGCCAGGUGUGUGCCGACCCAGAGAAGAGAUGGGUACGGGAAUACAUCAACUCCUUCGAGAUGAGCUAGGACGGACGGCACCUUGAAUUUGUGCAAACUUUCCUGUUGCUUAUUCCUCUUGUCCUAACCAGCUUAGGGGGCUUCUCCUACUCCCAUCCACUCAUUGGAGGGCGCAGAUAAAAGCAUCCCCCAAUGGAAGCUUCCAAGAGCUCCUGAGGCUCUGUGUUGAGCACAGAAGUCUCUAAGCUCUGAGCUUCAGGCUCUUCAGCUCAGCAUGGCUUUGCAAACAAGAAGGAAGUCAGCGUACCUCCAGAGGCAAAGAAGGGAGAAAAACUGGGUUUCUAUGGUAACGUCCCAUCUUAGCCCCUCACUGGGAUAGGCUGACUAGCAAAAGUGAAAAAUCAGCUUUCUAUUAAAAUUCUCAAAGCAAUUACAAA